AGAGCAGCGGAGCAGCUUCCACAGCAAUUACCUGAUCGCUCGUGAUUAAUGCCUGUGUGUGAAACCAGCCAUUCAGCAGGACGCCAGACGGCAACCGGUAUGACACUGCAUGAGUGUGUCUGUGUCAGAGACAAGGGGAAACGGGGUGUGCUCUGCUCCGCUGCGUGGAAACAAGAGGGAAAGCUAACAUUCUCCAUCAUGUACCCUCCCAUACCUUUCCCCACUGGUUUGGGCUCUUUAAAAGCUGCUGCCAGUGGUGUCUGACAGCCUCAUUAUACUUCUGUCUUGACUUGAAGGAAUUACAUCCACCUCUCCACACGCAGACACAUUGGUUAUUAAGCUUUUGCAGAAAGCAGUCAACACGUGCUCUCCAUUUAUUAGUGGAGAACUCUCCGGGUAAGAUGCUUCUGUGUUCCGCCGUCCUGGUGCUGCUCCUGCUGCAGCCAUCCCAGUCAGGCCCAGCGCCGCUGACCACAGCGCCCAGAGGAAGUGGCGCCAGCCGGGCGAAGCCUCCGCAGGGCGAGCCGCCCGUGGACUCCAACGCCACCGCUCUCGCGGUCGGAGAGCCGUGCGGCGUCUACACCCUGGGCUGCGGCCACGGGCUGCGCUGCGCCCCCCCAGAGGAUGAGCCCAGGCCCCUCCGAGCUCUGCUGGAAGGCAGGGGCGUCUGCACCCCCGCCCUCGGCGGCAGCCCGACGGACGAGGUCCCAACUGCAGCCCCAGUUCCUACUGAGGAUCCAGAUGAGGCUCCGUGCCGUAAGCUUCUGACGACGCUCGUCAACGGCCUGGACGCCCACGUGUUCAAAUCGAAUCAAGACAUCUACAUGCCCAACUGUGACAAGCGUGGCUUCUUCAGAAAGAAGCAGUGCUGGUCAUCCCGGGGCAAGCAGCGCGGCAAGUGCUGGUGUGUGGACGAGAGCGGCAUGCCGGUGUCGUCGAGCACCAAGAAGAGAGGCAGCCUGAGGUGCUGAGAGGCCCCCGGCCGGCGCCGCGGGCCCGAGCGCGUUGUCACGCGGCCGGUGGAGAGGCGGGAUGAGGGAGCACCAUCUGGAGUCUGGAGCAACGUCCGGCAGGGCCUCACAUUUCAGGCAGCAGCAGCCAGAAGCGGCUUUCCACCAAUGAGAUCCUCAGAGCCUAAAACCCCAUUUCUGUCUCGUUGGCGCCCUCUACUGAACAUUUUAAAAAUGCAUUCAUCCAUAUUUGGUUCCCUCAAUAUUGCAGUGUAUUUAAACUUACAACAAGUGAGGAUGUGUUUAUUUCACUAUUCUUUGGGCUGCAUAUAUUCAAAAAGAUCUAAAGUUUUACAGGAGUUUCUUUAUUAUUAGGUGUGUACGACACAUAGAUCUGGUGUCAUUUGAUUUUUCGUAUGCACUCAGAUCAUUAUAUUUAUAUAUUAUAAUAGCUAAAACCUACACAAAUCCCUGUUAAUGUAUUAAUGUAAUUGCUGUACAUAUAUCCUUAAAUAAUCCUAUUUAAAUUGCUUUAAAUAUAUUUUAUUUAUGCACUUCAUAUUUCUGAAGCUUCGAAUAAUAAACCUGAAACCCAAUUUUGCAGCUUUUUGUUCCAAGUUCACAUUUUAAACUAUCAGAUGGAAUGACAAAGAUUGUAAUGGCAUAAAAUUCGAUUAUUACAAAACUUGACAGGCUCUGUAUGUUUUCUGUUGGGUGUCUGAAAAAAUGUGUGUUUGAUCUGGAAGACAGAGAACAGAGAAGAAGAGCUGUUCGUCAUGAUGGCGCAUUUAACACAAACAAGGUCAUAAAAAGUGUGUUUGUGUGGGUGGGUGUGUGUGAGGUUAAAACCUCAAUUUCAGUGAGGAUAACAAUUUAACCCUUGGACUUUUAAACAUAAUAAA